AUGAUUUUUUAAUUUUUAUUGUGUUUCCAUUUUAUAUUUAGAAAUAUUACAAUUAUUAUAUUAUAAGUAGUUAAAUUAGAAUGGGAGCUAAUUGUUCAAAUGUAAUUAAUUUUAAAAAGAUAAAAUGAAUUAAAUAACGAAGUAAAAGUGACCAAAAAAUCAGAAAGUCAUAAAGUAUCAUCCUUUUCACAAUAAUCAUCGAACAGUUUAAUCGAUGGUGUAAUUACAUUGAAAUUUAUUGAAAGAAUGAUUUAAAGUAGACAAAGUGCACUCCUAAAGAAUUAAAGAACGCAAGGUUUUCGGUAUUCUCAGAUGAUCAAGAAAAGAAAAAAUAAACAGAAUAAACUAAAUGAUAAGGCAAUUGUUAUAUAAAAAAAUUGGAAAAGCUCAUAAAUCUAGAGAAAGUUAUAAGGAAGUCAAAAAAUCAUUAUCAUAGUCAAAAAAAGCAAAUCAAAAACAAUAAUAAUAAUAAUAAAAUAAUUAAGCUACAGUAGCCAGUAAGUAUAAAAAGAAAUAUUUAACUCAUUAGAAUUUGGAAGUAUUAUUAGAAAUUAUUAAAAUAAUAGUGAAUAAUGCAAAUAAUGUUUAAUCUAGGGAGAAACGACCACUUUUUGUAUUUAAAAAUGGUGCCACUUAUGAAGGAGAAUGGGUGGGAAAUAAAAGAGAUGGAAAAGGUGUUUAAAUUUGGCCUGAUGGAGCUAGAUAUGAUGGAGAAUGGGUUGAUAAUAAAGCCUGUGGAAAAGGUAGUUUCUAUCAUGUAGAUGGUGAUUCUUAUAUUGGAGAAUGGGCAGAUGAUAUAGUUAAUGGUUAUGGAGUUUAUAGAUAAAGCAAUGGAGCUGUAUAUGAAGGAUAUUGGCGAAAUGAUUAAUAACAUGGAAAAAGAGAGGAGAAAUGUAAUAAAUUUAAAUUAAUAAAUUUAGGGUCUGAUUUAUCUAGUUAUAAAGGGGAUCAUUUUGAGGGUAAAAAAUUAGGGAAAGGAAAGUAUAUGCGGCAAAGUGGGAGUUAUUUUGAAGGAGAUUGGUUUGAAAAUAAGAUAAAUGGAUAUGUAAUGAUUAUUAUGUUGAUUUAAUUAGGGAGAAUAUUAUUGGUCAGAUGAUAGAAUUUAUAAAGGGUCAUGGUAAAAUAAUAAAAUGCAGAUGGUAAGGACAUAUAAUCAUAAAAAAUUUCACUAAGGAGAUAAAUUUUAGUAAAUUGUAACAUAGAGUAUGGAUAUAUAGUUGGAAAAAAUGUGCAUAGUGUUGGGAUUAGUAGAUUUUUAAUCAUGUUUAACAACAUUAUUUUGUGCUGUUUUAAGACAAUUAAGCUCUAGAUAAAUAUGUGAAAGAGGAAACUGA